AGGACACUGCUGCCUGUGCCGUUGCUGGACCUCAACAAUAGCAGCAAGAGGAUUCAGACGCGACAACCGUCUCUCGGGUGAUGUACGAAAGCGUGGAUGUUGUGGGUUUGAGUCCCAGCCCCAGCCGCAGCAGCCCCAGCCCCGGCUCUUUCCUGAGCAUGGACUACUACCACAGACCCCCGGGGCUCGGGCCGGAGAAGGGACUCCUGUCCGGUGUAGGAGGACUCCAGCGGUCGUUCGGAGCGUCCUUGGUGACCGGCAGGAACUGGAGCGGAUCCUGCCACUCCAUAGAGACUGAGAGCACGAGUUCAGGGGAGGACCUGCUCGUCCCCAGCCCCCCCUCACCUCCGCCCCCACCCCGCAUCUACAAGCCCUGCUUUGUGUGUCAGGACAAAUCUUCAGGAUACCACUAUGGAGUCAGCGCCUGUGAGGGCUGCAAGGGUUUCUUUCGGAGGAGCAUCCAGAAGAACAUGGUGUACACUUGCCACCGGGACAAAGUCUGUGUCAUAAACAAGGUGACAAGGAACCGGUGUCAGUCCUGUCGACUGCAGAAAUGCCUUGAUGUCGGCAUGUCCAAGGAGUUGGUACGAAACGACAGAACGAAGAAGAAGAAGGAGGAGAAGAGGCAAGGGGAGGUAGAGAUCCACGUUCUGUCAGCGGACACAGAGCAGAUGAUUGAACGGGUUCGCCAGGCCCAUCAGGACACAUUUCCCUCCCUGUGUCAGCUGGGAAAAUACACCACGAGCAACAGCUCAGAGCACCGUGUCUCGCUGGACGUCAGUCUUUGGGACAAGUUCAGCGAACUCUCCACCAAAUGCAUCAUUAAGACGGUGGAGUUCGCCAAGCACCUGCCUGGCUUCACAACGCUAACCAUCGCUGAUCAGAUCACGCUGCUCAAAGCCGCCUGCCUCGACAUACUGGUUCUGAGGAUCUGCACUCGCUACACCCCGGACCAGGACACAAUGACCUUCUCUGACGGUUUGACUCUGAACCGCACCCAGAUGCACAACGCCGGGUUUGGACCUCUCACAGACCUCGUCUUCUCCUUUGCCAACCAGCUGCUCCCGCUGGAGAUGGAUGAUGCAGAGACGGGAUUACUCAGCGCCAUCUGCCUGCUCUGUGGAGAUCGUCAGGAUUUGGAGGAACCAGAAAAGGUGGAUGUUCUUCAGGAGCCAAUGCUAGAAGCUUUGAAGAUCUAUGUGAGGAGGAGGAGGCCUGAUAAACCCUGUAUGUUCCCUAAAAUACUGAUGAAGAUCACUGACCUCAGGAGCAUCAGUGUGAAGGGAGCAGAGCGAGUGAUCACACUGAAAAUGGAGAUCCCCGGCUCCAUGCCUCCUCUCAUUCAGGAGAUGCUGGAGAACUCUGAGGGUCUGGAGGGGCAUGGAGCUGGGGGAGAGAAAGGGGGAGGAAAAGGUAGAAGAGGAGGCAGAGAAGAGGAUGAAAAAGACCUCAGGAGCUGUCAUCCAAGGCCCUCGCUCAAAUCAGUCCCCUCCCGCAGCCCAAGCCCCAUUUCCUGCUCCCCUUCCUCUCCCUCCCCCUCCACCUGAAGCUCCACACUCAGCAACUCUCCUCCACACAGCGCCACCACUCAGGGGGCAUGGACAACCAUCCACACGGCAGACACACAGAGAAUGAAAGCAGAAAAAAACUGCACCUAAUAACAGAUAAUCUGGAAGACACAUUUGAACCCAUAAACUCACUGAAACAUGUCGAGUGAAAGCAGGUAAACUAUGGUUUGUGUUCAGAUAUCAGUUUCAUACGUACAGUGCAAAAAAUAUGCUCACUUUUUUAAAGUCUUUUUAUAAUGCCUAAAUGUUAAUUAUUUGCAGACUGUGUGAACCUCAAUGAAGGAUUAUGUAUACGGAAUAUGGGCAGACUGAUUAAGAGGAUUCCUGUUAUAUCACUCACUUCCUUUCUAAUGAAAAGUCAUGUGUAAUAUGCAAAAUCUAUAUAAGAGUGAAGUUGCAACAGAGGCAUGGUGGCAGUUUUACUUGAAAAACAUCAUCAGCAACAGACAGAGGUGACGACAAAACAACAGAUGAUAAAUAGCAGGUGUGCCAGUGUUUUGCUCAGGUACAUCAGUUGGGCUGAUGAUGCACAGCUUGUGAGAUCUCACAGCAACAACACAAGUGAACAAAAAAUUCAGCAAGCAACUCUAUUUCUUUUGAGGCUCUUAAACCACCGUUCGAGGCAGGUUUAUAACUGCUGAUAGCAAAAGCUUCUUUAAGCAGUAGUGUUUCCCAAUGUUUACUUUGAUCACUAAUUUCAAUGUUAUUGUAGAUUGUCCAUAGAUGAUUGUCCUCUAUGUGAGUUGCUUCAAACUGAGCUUUCUGAGAUUCUGGUUCUGCU